AUGACAAAUGGAAUCUUGUUCUUAGACCUUCUAAAGUUUUUAUUCUAAAAAGAAAUAUAUUGUUACUAUUGAGAGGAUAAAGAAGAUGGCUACUGCUUUGACUGACAGCUCCUCGUUUGAGGACGUCACAGUUUGUUCUAUAUGCUUUGAGAAAUACAAAACACCGCGAUAUCUACCAUGUUCUCAUUCCUUUUGUCAUGGCUGUUUAUCGUCACAUAUUGUAAGUGUGUGUAAGUCUACAGAACCGCGCUUAGGUUUUAAUUGUCCAUUGUGCCGAAAAUACACUCCAGUUGUCGGUCCGUUUGAUAAGCCGGAGGAAUGGGUAGAAACUUUUCCUGUAAAUGAAAUAUUGGAGAAAAUGCUAGGAAGUCCAGAACAAAAAAUGUGCGAUUCUUGUAUGAGAGAUAAUGAAGAGGAAGAAGCGUCUGAUUUUUGUUUAUCUUGUUUGGAGUUCUUAUGCAAAAUGUGUACCAAGUUUCAUAGAAAACAUUUGUUAUCAAGAGACCAUAGCAUCUGUCCUCUCAAAGAGUUAAAACUGCAACACAUUCAAUCAACCUUUGGAAAAGAUGACAUUUGUAAGAAGCACCCAGACCAAAAGCUGAAACUCUACUGUAAAAAACACGAAGAGCCUUGUUGUGUUGUCUGUGGUGGCAUGGAGCAUAGACAAUGCGACUCUGUUGAACCUAUUGAAAAAGCUGCAGAAACUUUCAAAGCGAGUGGCACACUUGAUAGCAUUUUACAAGAUGUGAGAAAUUUUAAACAGAAAUUGACACAUGCAAAGGGCAAACAAGAGAAAAAUAUAAAAGAACUAGAAGACACUUUAGACACAGUUACAGAAGAGACGGAAAAAGAAUUAAAUGAUCUUGUUUGUCUUAUAGAGAGAUUAAAAACAGAACAUUUAGAUGAGAUUUCUGCUGUUGUAAAAAAAAAGCAAAGAAACACUUACUAGAAAUG